CAUAAUUUGAAAAAUAUCUUUUUUAAACCAUGUUUUCUCGCAAACUGUACCAUUGAAUUCUCAAAAAGUUUUAUAUCAACUAUAACGGACUUUAUAUACACAAUGUAACCGUAGAUGUCUCACAUAUACAAACAUAUUAGGAUUUAUGGAGUCAAAGGAGCCACUGGGCCCAUCCCCGGCUUUAUUAGCCAAACGUGAAUUAGUUAAACAAAAUCAGUGGUGUCAGAAAUCGGACAUCGAAUUCGAUAGCUGGUGUGACCCAGAUAAUCCUAAAACAAUAACGUAUAAGGAUGUCAUCAAAGCAGCAGUGGCCAUCAAAGAAGAAAUACCGAAAACGCCCCUUAUGGUUAUCUUCUUUGUUAAAAUACUGGAAAUGAGACUAAAGAUGUUUAUUCUAUUAUUAUCCUAAAAAAUAUAUAAUUAAUAUCAUCGUCAAU